UGGAGCGUUCAUCAUGGCGGCUUCCAUUUCGGGCUACACCUUCAGCGCCGUGUGUUUCCACAGCGCCAACAGCAACGCCGACCACGAAGGUUUCCUGCUGGGAGAGGUGAGACAGGAGGAGACCUUCAGCAUCAGUGACUCCCAGAUCAGCAACACAGAAUUUCUGCAAGUGAUCGAAAUUCAUAACCACCAGCCUUGUUCCAGACUUUUCAGUUUUUAUGACUAUGCAAGCAAAGUUAACGAAGAGAGCCUCGACAGAAUUCUCAAAGAUCGGAGAAAGAAAGUGAUCGGCUGGUACCGGUUCCGGCGGAACACACAGCAGCAAAUCUCCUACCGGGAGCAGGUGAUCCACAAGCAGCUUACUCGUAUCCUGGGGGUGCCAGAUCUCGUCUUCCUCCUCUUUAGCUUCAUCUCUACCGCCAACAAUUCCACACACGCAUUAGAAUACGUUCUCUUUCGGCCAAAUCGAAGGUACAACCCUAGGAUAUCCCUUGCAAUCCCCAACCUUGGCAAUACCAGCCAGCAAGAGUACAAAGUGUCUUCUGUGCCCAACACAUCUCAGAGUUAUGCCAAAGUCAUCAAGGAGCACGGUACUGACUUCUUCGACAAGGAUGGAGUCAUGAAGGACAUCAGAGCCAUCUAUCAGGUCUACAACGCGCUGCAGGAAAAAGUGCAGGCCGUGUGUGCAGAUGUGGAAAAGAGCGAGCGAGUUGUCGAAGCUUGUCAAGCAGAAGUGAACAAGUUAAGAAGACAAAUCAGUCAGCGGAGAAGUGAGCAGGAGCAGGAGCAGGCGCGGAAAUUGCAGCAUGCAGCGACAAGCAGGCAGGUGCCGUCCAAGAAUGCGGACCCUGCAUUUAGUCCACGGACGCCCUACUCGGGGUUCUCCUCGGAGGGCAGAAGAACCCCAGGCGACACUGACACCUCAGGUCCGCCUCCGCCGUAUUCUGAUUUUCAUCCCAACCAUCAAGAGAGCAGUACUGUGGGCCAGUGCCGCAUGGACACGAGCGUCUUCAUGCCACGGCCUCAGGCCGUGGGCUCCUCCAGCUAUGCCUCCACCAGUGCCGGACUCAAGUACCCCGGGAGUGGGGCCGAUCAGCCCCCAUCCCACAGGGCCACUGGCGACAGCGGGGAGGAGUCCGAUGAUGACAGCGACUACGAAAACUUGAUGGACCCCACGGAGCCCUCCAACAGCGACUCCUCCUCCCAGUCAAGGUCUUCCGGAGCUGCAGCACAUCCUGGUGGGGCCCCCAGGAACACUCAGAUCUCCCAGAUCUGAGGGGACAGAAGAAUCUCUCUACUGGGCACCGCUUUGUUUUUCUUAGUUAUUCACUAGGAAAAGGGUAAGAGAGUUACUGAGAGAGAGCUUUGGAGGACAUCAUCUGGGAGAAGGACUUUCCUUUCUCAGGCACUCGCCCACCCGGUCUCCCCCACCGGGCUGUCCCUGGGCACAGAACUUGGAGGGUCCUUGGAUCCGCAGGCCUCUCACCUGAUUUCCAGCAGAAAAUCAUUCAACGAUAAUCAACUUGUCCUAAUUCUGGUGCGAUUCUUAGGUGUCCCGGGAAACAGAGGCAAAGCAAAACUUGGACCGUGUUGUUUCUGUUCUUGAAAAUCAUUUGGGAAGCAGAAACUAAGCACAAUGAGUCUAUAAAUGUUCGAUAAAUCAGAAACUUACCUCUUGCACUAUCAUGCCUUGAAACCGACUUUCUCAAAAUGGAAGGAGAAGAGCAGCCUUUGGAGAGACCCUCUUUAUCGAGGGGCCAAAGUCAACUUUGAGAGGAAACAAGUCUGGGUGGUUCCCAGAGGCCCGGUGGGGACCAACUAAGCCCAGGAACUUGAUCUGCAGGACCCAGAGGCGAGAAGGGUGGGCUUGGGCUUGGGCUUAGGCUCGAGCUCAGGCUUGCGUUCAAUGAUGGUUUUACUUGCCCAAAGCGCCUUGUCGCUUACAGUGGUUGCCUUUUCAGUGAGUGUCGAGAUACAACCAGUCUGUAAUCAUCCAAAUAAGUAAGGCGUAAAAUACAUGACGUCCUUUUCUCUGGGGGUGGAAGGGUCCCCGUGACUGCUGUAUUGCACUUGCUGGGUUGAUGGCUCCUCGCCUGGAGUCUGACCUGAUGGAGCUGCCACAGGGUUGGACCAGGGGAUGGGGUGGGGGGAGUCAGUUUCCAGACCCGCAUUUCACUCCCUGGUUGCAGCCCCAGUGGAUUAGCCAAGCUCACGUGUAAGGGGUCUGUCCCUUCUUUAGCCCGUCUGACAAAUCCUAGUAUUAGUUUUUAUCUGUGGAGGAGAGACAUGAAAUAAAGUGUUUGAGAAUCUUGGCAAAUAAAGAUUCAUUUGAAACUUAAAUAA